AUGGCUAACCUUUUUGAGCCCGAGUUCCCAAACUGCCGCGCAUUGCCUGGUCCUCCCAAUGUCCAGUCUGGCCCUGUUGCCAGAAUAUCUGGUCACAUGCUCAUAGAUUAUAGAUUAGAUUUUGCGGCUUUCCUUAAAGCUGGGAAGGGAAGCAAAGUGAGAGUACGGAUUCGGAUCCGCAUCUGCUUCUUUUGUCCUGGGAUUCCUCUUGCCAUUGCUCCCGGAAGGCUCCUAUACGAUGCUGGCCAGCAGCCAGAAACAUAUAUCUGGCACUCGAAACCUGAACAAUGGGCGAAAUCCCUUCGAAAGCAGUUGAAUGUACAACUUCUCUUAGUCACAGAGAAGCCAGACUGGGCUUCUGAAGGUGCAUUAUCUCAUACCCUUGAAUCUCUGCACUCUGAAAGUGCCCAGGAUAAAUAUGUGCAACCUUGGGCCAGUCAGAAAAGACAGAGGCACUUUUUGAGAACAUUGACCCAGUUAGAACAGCCCACAGUGCUGGACCUCCUGGUAACUGAGCUCAAAAAUCUAUUCUUGGCUGUGCUACAGGAUUGCAGUCCUGCAGCUUGGCAUUACCUACAUGCAGUGCUGGCUUUGCUCUCCCCAUAUGGAACUCUGCUAACCAGCCGCCUGGAUUUGCUGCCAUUUCUGGAGCAGCUAUACCUCUGGGCUCCGCAAGUCCAAACCCAGCUACAUCUGGACUUGCUAAAGGCCAUGUACCAGACCUUUCCACCAGACACAACUUUGUUAGAUUGUGCCUCCCAUGUUGAUUGCGUACUGAAGAAAAAAAGAGUCUUCCGUGGGCUCCAACGCCCAGCCUGCCCUUUUGUGAAGGCCAGGUCAGACCAGCAUCAAGGAAAGGAAUUAGCCACAUGGCUGCAACCUCUGACUCUGCCUGAGCUACAGCAUUACUUAGGUAUUGUUGGAUCUCAGGUGGCCGUGGAAGAGAGGUGGUGGCUGAAUGGACUUGGCCUCCUGCCCCUGGCACUGGCAACAGACAUCCCGGUACAGUAUGAAAGCAAUGAGACUGAUCAUGUGGCACAAAAAUCUACUGGAAGAAGAGACACUAAAUCUCUGUCUGACUCUGAAACUUUGUGGGAGAAGAAAAAGAGAAGCAUUGGCUUUGCACCUCAGCUUUCCCUUUUAGGUAAUCAGAUGCUGGCUAUUCUAAAAACUGAGAGAUAUCUGAUGAAGACCCAUUUCCUUUAUCUCAACGUGGCUCCCAGCCGACACUUUAGGCCCUACAACUUGGUGGUGGUGUCACCAAAGAAAGUGAACCCUGAGUACUACAUCUUCUCUCCAUUCGGGGUCCUGCAUGUCCAUCCUGUGGAGGGAAGUGAGACGAUGACUCUGGGUACCUGGCAUCGCCAUUCUGUCCUCUGGCAGCAACUCCAGUUCAUCCCCUUCUUCAAGUAUUGCCUCUUACGGAAGGCCUUUGCUUGCUGGAGGAAGAGUGUGAAGUUACUGAUGCUGGAUCGGUGUCGCACUUUCCUAGAAAAACAUUUGCUCACUGCUGUGCCCCACUUUGGAGUUGGGCUUCUUCAUAUCAACAGGCUUCUGCAGGAGAUGUACUCUGUAUCCUGGCUUCCCGUAGAUCCACAUCGGAGUUAUGAGCUGCUGGACCUACAGCGGGCUCUAGCUAAGGAAAACCACAAGGCUCUGCAUUUUCUCCAUCGAUGCCUGUACCUUUGCACAUCCAUUCUUCAAAUGAUCCAUGAGGAUACCUAUCAAAUGCAGCAGGGCUUACAGCAGCGAGUGCAAAACAUCAAGAGGAUCAGAAAAGGUCAAGGCUCCAUAUAUCUUCAGAGGGUACAAAAGCAACAGCUGGAACAGAAGCUAAAGAUGGUAGAGAUCUGGUUACUGCAUCAGGGACAACUGGCCCGCUUAGUUGACUACAUGAUCUCUCAGACCCUUGUAUCUAUCAUAGAGAAGGAGAUAAGCUCUUUUGUGGCCAACAUCCUACAAGCCCCAAGACAGACUCCCUUGAUUUUAACAAAUCUGGUCUUUAAUGAUUUUGGUCAGCUGUCCCAUAAACCCUGUAUUGAAAAUAUAGCCCAACUUCUAACUGGGAGCCUAGAGUAUAUCAAGACCUCUGUUUUGAAGAUGCUGCAAUCCAUAAACCUGAAGACUCCCUGGGAUUUUGAAGAAGAAGAAGAUGAAGAAAACACGAACACGGAAUACCCGAUAUUCAAGUUGCAGAGCCAGCUUAGCCACGCUGCAAGUAUCUUCUGUGGGCCAGAUAUAGGACUUGUGUGUCCCUGGAAAACUCACGCAAAUGCUGAUACCCUGGAGGUCCGUGGUUACCGGUUACAUGGCCAGUAUUUGCCUACCAAUUUUAACCAGUUGAAAGUUGAUCUUGACAACAACCUUCAAAUACAGCAGGCAUUGAACAUACAACAGUUCCUCCUACAGGAUACACUGUGUGAAGUGCAGGAAUUCUGCAGGGAAUAUAGCUGGAUGACAGAAAUUUAUGAGUUCCUGAAAAGCUGGGGACCUCAGCAGCUAGAAACUAUGAGAGGUUGCCCUAUCAAAAAUUAUGUGACUCUGGUGAACAAUCUCAAGGCUUGGCAUACCCGUAUCUCAGAAAUACCCAGUGAGUUGAUCACAAAAGGGAAGUUACUGCUACUGAAUUGUCAUAAUAUAAAGACAGACUUUGAAUCCAAGAUAGAGAGCAUCAAGAACGACAUUCUUGAACAUGUGCAGGAUGAGUGCAAAACUCGUAGUCAACAACUAAUGGGAGAGCUCACAAGAUAUAUGGAAGCUUUCCAAACCAUCAGCUCCGACAUUUACAGUAUAGCACGAUGCUCCCGGAAGUUGAAUGAAGCCAACGACCAUUAUUCAGAGCUGGAGGAACGGAUGGAAUACAUACGGUCACUCCACGAACUCAUCCGAGACCAUUUUAACCUUUUCAAUGCUGAAUACGAAGCACUGGACAUCUCGCUCCUGGAUAUGUGGGAGGCAUUUCAAUUUGAGAAAAGUCAGACCUCAGAGCUCCUGCUCAGCCAUCGCCAUACCAUUGUACCCAACUUGCAGCACCGGAUAUCAGCAGCACUGGCAGAGCUGGAAGGCCUGAUCCAGAAGGCCCUGUCUGGUCCGUUCAUGGACCCUCUGCAAGAUCAGAGGAGUACUGAGCAACAGCUCCUCACCAUGGAGCUUCAGUAUCAGAACACAGCCACCAACGUCCAAGAACUGCACCAAGCCUAUGUCACCAUCACUGGGGAUGAAAGUGCUUUGUCCAUGCCUACUUCUGGAACCCUGCCUAUUGUGCAGCAGCAACACAUCUGGCACCUAUACCGAAUUGUCUGUGAAAACAUCAGUGAUUGGAAAUGCAUGGCUUUUGCCAAGUUUAACCUGGCUCUGGCCAGGGAAAAAAUAGAUGGCUGGCUCACAGAGGCAGCACAUAUGAGUGCAAAUCUGGGGCAACAUAGUCCAGUUCUGCAGUACUGUAUGCACUUGCUGGAGGAAUUUCAUCGUUACCUGCCUUUGCUAACCAAGCUGGCAAGCCUUUCCCCACGUAGUGUCAACUACCAAGCCUUCCUUCGAGCCUUAGAUCUAGGUGAUAUCGGCAACUUCGAAUUCCUAACACUGGGCCAACUACUGUCUCGUCCGCUGCUAGAAUUUACAGAUCGUAUCAAUCAGAUCUGGUUGGCUGAAAAUCAACGAAUGCUCACCAAGGAUACUCUUCAACGGCUGCAACACUCCUGGGAAGAGCAGCAGCUGCGAAUGCAGAACUUCAUCCUGCAUGUACCUUAUGAGCCCCCAGCCAGUGAGCGCAGCAAAAAGCAAAUGACCCACACCUCUCAGUGGGAGAUAGUAGAUAUGGAUAGUGGCACCUUCAUCCUUGCAGAUUAUAACAAUCUACAGGAGUCUAUCCAGGAGGGUCUUCAGGUAUUGCUCAAGAUCUUGAACACCCAAAGGUCAGGGGACUUACACAUCACAGCUUUGGAAUGGAUGACCAACUUGCGAGUCUUGGGUGUUCUACUGGAGGUAUGGGUUCUUUUCCAGCAGAAGUGGAUUUUCCUGAAUAAAGUGCUACAUGAAAUGAAGAUUUCACUUCCUACUUCUGACCUGAACUCUCGUUUCCAGGCACUAGAUCAUCAGUAUCGGACCCUGAUGCAGAUCUCUGUAGUUGAUCCCCAUAUUAUGUCACUUAUAAAGCCCAGAACCCCCAGGGAUCCUGCCUUCCAAGGCCAACAACUACAACAGAUGCUGCAAAAAGGCUCAGUGGAGCUAGAAGGCAUCAUUGCGGCUCUUGAGAAUGUGCUCUAUGGACUAUGUACACAGUUCCCCCGCCUCUUCUUCCUCAGUGACAGUGAGUUGGUGGCCCUGCUCUCUAGCCCACUGGAGUUAUCUGAGGCCCAGCGGUGGGUCCAGCGCUGCUUUCCUCAUGUGCUUGCUGUGAGCUUCAAGCCUGUUUUAAGAGAUAAGAAAAGCCAAGAGGACUGGGAGUCAUCUUUGCAGUUGAACUUAAACAUACAGACCCAAGAGGAAGCAUUUGCAGUUUUAGGAGCAGGUGGAGAGACAGUACAGCUACAUGACUCACUUCUUCUGCAUCCAGAUUUCCCCACAUGGCUGGCCUCUCUUGAGAAGUGUCUGCGUUUGACACUUGUGCUCAAGCUACAAGACUGUGUGCUUGCCCGUCUUGCUCUGAGUCCAUCCCUUAUGGAAGUCUUCCAGCAAGUGCCCCAGCAAAAUCAGUCAUCCUUACAACAAUAUGUCCACCAUUGUCUGGAUUUAGUCCAGGCUUUCCCAUGGCAGUGUAUGCAGGUGGCAGAGGAGGUGGUAUGGUGGGCAGAGAUGGAGAAGGAUCUGCUUAAGGGGACGCUGACUAUGGUUUCCUGGAAUGUGCAGAAGCUUGAGGUACUGAUAUAUUUUUUGCGGGCCCAGAGGGCCUCCCAAGGGAGGAAGCCUCUGCUUUCUAUCCGCCAAACUAGCCUACUCAGUGCCCUGUUGGUCAUGGCAGUUACCCAUCGGGAUAUAGCGCAGUUGCUACAGCAGCAGCGUGUCAGUGAUUUAACAGACUUCCACUGGGCCCGCCAACUCAAAUACCACCUGGGUUCACCUCAGACCACCAGUCUCAGUCCACUGCAGAGUCUCAAGACUGUUGUAGCUACCAAGGCCUCUCUGACACCAGCUGCAUGCUUUAUAGAGGUGUUGGGCCGGAUUUUCCUAUACAAUUAUGAGUACCUGGGUCCUAGACUGGAGUCUAUUCCCAGACUGCUGCCUGAGCGUCCUGCCCUGGUCCUGUUACUGGCCCUGGAAGAGGUGGCCUGUGGGACUCUUUUGGGUCCUAGCGGUGCUGGCAAGACAACCAUUGUGAAGAACCUAGCACAGGCCUUGGGCCGCCUACUGGUGGUAAUACCCUGCUUAUCUCAGAUGGAAGCACAAAGCCUGAGCAAGUACCUGAAUGGUGCUCUGCAGUGUGGUGCAUGGCUCCUAUUGAAAGCAGCGCAAAACCUGUCCCUUGGUUUGCUCUCUGCUCUGGGCCAGCGCCUUACUCAACUGUGCCACCUCUAUGCCCCACUAUACCAGAAGGUUUUCCAAAACCCCAGUACUAUCAACCCCACUUACUCCCAGGUUCUUGGUAGUGGCUUCUUUGAGAAACAUGAUGUGUCCAUGCGCCUUGGUUAUGGUUGUCUCAUGACACUAUGUGCCCAGAGUCCUACUGUUCCUGCUAACCUGCACGUUUUAAUGCGGCCUGUGUCACUAAAACUACCUGACCUUCACCAGGUGGUAGAGCUGACUCUGCUGGGUGCAGGAAUACGUGAUGCCUCCCGCAUGGCUACCCGCUUAUCCAAAUUCUUCUCCAUGGAGUGUGAACUGAUUCCAGGGCCCUUGCCCUACCAAUUGCCACUGCUCAGACAGAUACUAGAAAACAUGAUGCAUUCGUUGGCCAUGACUAUGGAGGAGCCAACACCCCAGCAUUUCCAGAGUAUAGCUGCUGUAGAGGAGGCAGCCCUGCUGCAUGCCCUUGUAAACACGCCCCUAUUCAAUGACAUUGAUGGGACCCGCCUGCGGAGCCUCUAUGAAUUGCUUUGUGGGCUCUUCCCAGCUGCUAGCAAUGUGCUAGCAGAGCCUCUGCCCUGCAAGCUGAAGAAACCAGUGCUGUUGGAGAAACUGAGGCAAAUAGGCCUACAUCCAUCUCCUGAAAUCUUGGAGUCCCUGGGACAGCUGAGCCAAUCUCUGGACAACACUGCGGGCAUUUUGCUCCUGGGCCCUGCGGGUAGUGGCAAAACCACUUGUUGGCACACCUUAUUUAAGAUUCAGAACCAGUUGGCCAUGGAGAACUACUCAAACAAGGAAUUCCAGCCUGUGGAAGUUACUCACCUGUAUCCCAGUGUCCUCAGUCCCCAGGAGUUCCUGGGAUGGCUAGAGGGGUCCUAUUGGCACCAGGGAGUCUUUCCUGGCCUGUUUUACCAGGCUAUGGCUACAAAGGAAUGGGCAUGGAAAUCUGUAGGCAUGAAGCACUGGAUAAUAUGUGACGGGGUUGCCAGUGCUGCUUGGCUGGACAGUGUGACUUGCCUCCUCAGUCACCCCCCUCAGCUAAGCCUCCCUAGUGGUCAGCAGAUAGCACGGCCCCAGGGCACUUUUCUCUUGCUGGAGUUAAGAGAUUCUACAGGUGUGGAUCCCACUGUAGUGGGCCGUUGCGCCCUAGUGUGGUGUGGUGGAAAGCAAACCUACCAGAGUAUGCUUAGUGCCCUGAUGGCAGCUCUGCCCCAAGAGUAUCAGCUGCAGCAACACACAGUCACUGAACUCAGUCGCAUGACCGAAGUGCUGGUACCAGCAACAUUGCAAUUUCUCACUCAGCUUGGUGCCAACUCUCUGAUGCAAGCGCAUGGGCAGCAGGCUCCUUGCUCAGGAGUUGCUGAAGUCACCAGCCUGGCUCGUAUCCUGCGUUGUCUGCUUAACUCCUGCCUGCAAAUAGAUGAGAAAGCAUAUAGUUCAGGUGGGGAAAGAGUUCUCACCAUGGUGACCUUUGCAGGAAACCUUGGCUAUCAUGAGCCUGUGACCGAAAUCUUCAAGGGUUCAAAGAAAAAUAUUCUGAAGCAGGCACAGUUUGAAAUCAGUGAUACAUCUGAUAAGCACAAGGAGCACUUAGUGGCUAUCAGCAGCUUUCUUUUUGCCUUGAUCUGGGGCUUAGGAGCCUACCUUCCUUCCAGGUUCUGGUUCUCCUUUGAUACUUUCCUGAGAGAGGCUAUUAGUAGUCUCCCCAACUAUCCUGACCUACCAACUUCAGUCUUGGUGUUUGAUCUGCACAUAAGUCCUCAAACUGGGACACUGGUCCCCUUCACUGGUCAAUACCUGGGCAGCCACAUCAAGGGAUCACUGGGCAAUUUCAUUCCAUCUGUUCAGGCCGAACGACUCUUAUAUGUAGUAGACCUACUUCUGUCAGAGGGAUACCCAGUGCUGCUGGCUGGAGAGGAAGCGACAGGGAAAUCAGCAUUUGUAGAAGUACUUGUGGAGCCCCGCCACCCUUGCACAAACAGUCACAUCCAUCCUGCCUUUAGCACCAUCCACUUUCGCCUUCUACUGAGCCAAGGGAUCCAGGGCCAAAAACAGGCUAAACCAGAGACUGGGAAGCAUCUGGAUUCUAAAGGUUCUCUUCUUUUCCUCCUGGAGGAUCUGCACCUAGCAGCAUUUGACCCAGUGAAGAAUUGCCAUCCAGUUUUGGAGAUGCUGCGCCAGGCCAUGGAUGGCACCUUGUAUGCCCAUGAUACUUUGGAGCUACAGAUGCUACAGCCUACAGUCAACUUUCUUGCCACUGCCACAGUGCCAAGCUUCUAUGAGCAACCAGUAUGCCCAAGUCUCUUUCGACUCUUCACAGUGCUGACCUUGAGCAGUGUGACUGAGUCCGUGCUGCAGAGAAGGCAUAUGUCCAACAUCCAGGCCUGGCUUGAGCACUUCCCCUCUGUGGAGCGGGAAGCCAGUCUCUCAAGAGCCUUAGUGCAGGCUUCAUUGGAGGCCUGGGAGAUUGUCAGCAGCUGCUUUAUGCCUUCGCCUCUCCACCCACACUAUCGCUUCUCCUUGCACUCCGUAAGUCAGAUACUCAGCAGCAUGCAGAUGCUGCCCAUUAGAACAGGCAUUCGAGGGUUUCUAGCUGAUCCGAGUCACCAGGACCACCUGCAGUGGGUGUCUGGUCUGCGAGGCACCCGUCUGACAAUCAUGAUGACAAUGCGCAGCAUGGUGCGUCUUUGGUUGCAUGAGGCACAGAGAACCUUUUGUGACCGGCUGGACAGCUGCAGGGAACGUUCCUACUGUGCUAAGCUCCUCCUGACAGUAGCUCAGAAGGUCUUCUGCUGUGAGACAGUGCCCAUUGACCUGGACAAGGGAGAAGAGGAGGGAGAGGAGGAAGAGGUAGAGGAGGAAGAAAAAGUGCCUGAAGUGGAGUCUGAAGGGGAAUUGGCCCAGUGGGAGGACUUAAGCAACAGUGGUAGUGAGGCAGAGGAUGAUCUGGAUGCAUAUGGCCUGCAGUUCUCCACAGCCUUGCCCUCCUCUGGACCAUUUUCCACACUAGCAGUCAAGAAGAAGGCCACAGAGAACAUCAGCCAGAAUAUAAUCCAGGAGGAAAGAAGAAAGUCCACCUGCUAUAAAUUAAAGACAAGGAAGUCUAAGAUUUGGUGGCAGAAGACACCCCCGACAGACUUGGGCUCACCCCUGUUGCUACCAGUACUAAUACUCUGUCCCCAGGAAAAUCUUUCAGACAUGGUCUUUAGUCAAGAGCUGACAGUAGGGCAUAGCAAUGAGAACUCCAAAUUGUACCUAGAACGGCAGUGGGUUAUGCUGGAAGAGCAGCUGGCUUCUGCAGCUGCUCAACUAAAGCUGAACCCCAACCUUGCUCAGUGCCAUGCCAUGGUCCAACAUGUGGCCCGCCUGGUACGCGUGCUAGCCAGGCCUGGGCAGCAUGGCCUACUGCUUGCUGGGUCUUUGGGUACGGGGCGCCGUACCGCCAUCACUUUGGCAGCUGGCAUUUGUCAGGCUCGUCUCUUCCAUUUGCCUGAAGCAUCUGAGGAGGCCACUCUGCAAUGUCUGAAGGAUGCCAGCUGGCAUGCUGGUGCAUUUGGCCAGCCAGUGGCCCUGCUGGUAUCCAGGGGUGUGGAUCUUCAUACCCUUCAUCGCCUGCUGGCCCUGGCCAACUCAGGCAGCUUCCCUGCCCAGUACUCAGAGGCAGAUUUGAACAGAAUUGAGGAACAUAUGUCCAGAGAUAACAUCAAGCAGAGCAUCAGGAAGGAAAUGCCAUUGCAGAGGUUCUACCAUCAAGUGUGCAGCCACCUGCACAUGUUCUUCCUGAUCGAAGAUGAUCAGGCCCAGAAGCACCUGCCUUGUACUCUCUUCCUGAGACUCCUUAAACUGACCAUUGCCAGCAUAGACCGCUAUGAACCAUGGGACCAAGAUUCUCUGGUCAGUGUGGCCCAGAACUACCUGAAGGAAGUUCAGAGUCUACCUCAGGAUAGCGAUCCUGUGAAGUUCCCAGACUUCCAGGCCUCAGUUAUGAAUAUAGCCAAAGCCAUGGCUUUUAUCCAUGCAUCGGCUGCUGCUUACCAAGGAUAUCUGUGCCCGCAAUUGCCACUCGUAACCCCCAAGACCUUCCUAGAUUUCCUAGAUACUUUCAACCUAAUACAGAAACAGAUGAGUCAGAGGAUGAAGAUGAAAGCCCAGCGGAUCCAGACUGCUCUAGAAAAUCUGGGAACUCUGCUACAGCAGCACAAUACCUAUACCAACUUGAUUUCCAACUUGGAAGAGCAAUUAAAAGACUCUCGUAAGACCCUCAUCUCACUAAGCCAGCAGCUAGAGCAAAACAAGCUUCAGUACCACCAGCAGCUGGUAGUGUGUCAGCAGCAAGAGAAUCUCAUUGAGAACUUGACCAACCAAAGAGAUACUCUUCGGCUCCAUUAUGAGACUUUCCUGGAGCAGAUGGGCACAGCAUUUCUGAAGCCCCUCAAUCAGCUUCAGAUGACUGACUUUGAGGAGAUAAGGAGCUAUCGAGCUCCACCAGAAUCUGUGGUCCAGGUGACUAAUGCAGUAUGUAUGCUGUUCCAUCGUGAAGGGGGCUGGUCCAGUGCCAAACAACUGUUAUGUUCUGAGGAUUUUUAUCAGGAGCUGGUAUUCUUUCCCAAGGAGAAGAUGACAGACUCAGAGUUGAUCAAAUUACAUCAAACUCUUCAGGGUCCAGGUAUGAGUGAGGAAGCUUUGCGUGAAGUAAGCCUGCCUGUGGCCAACCUGGCAGCAUGGCUCUGGGCCAUUGUGUGUUAUAAGUCUGCAGAACAACGAGGACAGCCCACUCGCCAGCUGCUGGAGCAGGUGGAAGCCACACUGGCUCAGGAGCAGGCCCGCCUGGGGAACUACCAGCUCCAGGCCCAGAAGAUGCUAGAGCAAAUUAAGACACUGCUCAAGAAGAUCCAGGACAUCCAGAAAUCCUACAACAGUUUAUUAGAGGAUCUUAACUGGGCUCAGUGUGGUCAGUAUCACAAGUGGCCUGUUAAAGCUGCAUUGCUGACUCCCAGAUACUCCUGGACUUCUGAACUCCAGAAAGUAAAGAAGCUCUGCAGUACUGUAUUUGGUGAUGCUCUCCUGUGUUCGGCAGCCAUCAUCUACCUGGGCCCCUUCCCACCAUUGCGACGGCAGGAGAUCCUGGACAAGUGGCUGGCUCUGUGUCAGGGCUAUGAGGAGACCCUGGGCCCAGAUGAUGUGGCGCAGGCAAUAAGGCAAAAGCAGAAUCCUAGCAUGCCACCAAAGGCUCUCCUGUCUACAUGCUCUCCCUUCAACCUUCUGACCUUGAUGAGCUCUGAAUCAGAACAAUUUCAGUGGGACAGAGACCUGAAGCCCCAGGCAAAGUCAGCUCGAGUGGUAGGCCUACUCAUUCGAAGUCACUCUCACUAUUAUAGUUGUCGUUGGCCUCUGCUGCUUGACCCCAGCUACCAGGCCCUCAUCUGGCUGAAGCCACUGCCUCUGGAAGAGAUGAAAACCCUGGACUUUUCGCUUGACAAAAGCAGAGGUAAAAUCGAGUUAAACACAGUCUUCUCGGCAAAGGGUUUCAUAAGUCAAGAAAAAGAGAGUACAGAGGAGGAAGAAGAGGAAGAGGAAGAGUGGAAAAGGGAAGAAGAGGAAGCAGAGGAGAAAAAGGAAGAGGAGCAACUGACAGAGGAGAUGGAGAGUCCAAAGUCAAGGCCAGCCCCUCAGACACAGUCUCUGCCUAUUCCCUACCUUAGAGUGCUCUCAGGGGCUGAUCCAGAAUUGGGUUCUGCACUCUGUGAGGCAGCAGCUAAUGGCCAGCAGGUGCUACUGAUCAACAUGGAGCUGGGCCUAGAGUGCCAGGAACUACAGUGGCUAUUGGCACGGGAGAAGCUGGCUGUGCAGCCUGGUUUCUGUCUCUACCUAAGCACAACCCUCCCCCUUAGUGCUUUAGGAAAAGUGCUAGGCUCUGAAUGGCUGAAGGGGCUGAACGUGAUGGAUCUGGGCUCGAACAUGGAAAUCCUAGAAGAACAGAUGCUGCACGAGCUCACAUGCACAUAUGCUCCUGAGCUGGAGACCCGCUGGCAGGACCUAAAGAUCAGAAUCCUAGAAAGUCGCAAAGCUGUGGAAAUUGCUGAGGAGCAGCUGCUGCACAUUAUGUUGGCCCGUAACAAAACGUUUCUGACACCCUCCAAGUUCCUGCGACGUAUCGUGAGAGCCCAGGCCAAGUUGGUUAAGCUGCGGGCUGACAGUGAGGAACUAGAAGAUCUGAGACUGCAGGAGGCGGUACUGUGGACACCCUACCGGCGUAUGAUCUGCCAAGUCAUAACCAUCAUAAAGGCCCUGAACCCACUGCAGAACCUGUUUCCCCCUUUGCGUAUGAGCACAGAGAGUUGGCUGGCAAUUGUCAGGCAGACUCUGAGCAAUAGUAGAAUGUAUGAAUUUCUCCCAGGGGGAGAUCUACUCAGUCACCUGCUGCAGCUGAGGAUACAGCUGAUCCGUCAGCUGCUGAGCAGCACUGUGACAGCACUGGGCUUGACCUGGGCACCCUUGGUGGGUGCCUUGGGUGCUCUGGCUCUGCUGCAAGCCACACAGAAGUCACCAGAGCUGGAGAGGCUGGCACUUUGUCCUGGCCUGCCAGGCUCUCCAAGCAUAAGCUACAGCAAGUCUGGUAUAGCUCGACCAACCUGGCUAGGACUUAGAACCUGGCAGGAGUGUGGCAUGUUAGAGGUGCUCCCCCCUUUUACUGGGUUGUGUGAGUCAUUGGCACACCACCCCAGUGUCUGGCAGGCUUACUUGUCACUGUCAUCCACUGUCCUGGGGCCUGCGCCUAUCCCACUCAGUCUCCUCCAGAAACUAAUCCUGUGGAGGGUGCUGCGGCCAGAGUGCCUGAUGGAUGCCCUGGCUGACUUCACCACCAGUCUCCUGGGCCGGCCCCUGGAUGAAAACCUGAAGGCCACUCCUAUUCCCUUCGAAUACUGUAAGGCUACUCAGCCCAUACUGAUCUUGCUGCCACCAUCUGAUCACCCUACAGCCAUCCUGCAUCCCCUGGCUGACAUUAAGAAACUGGCUGCUGUUCAUGUGAAGGGACAUUUGGAGGUGAUAGCCUUGGGCUCGGAAGCCUGGGACCCAGUCUCAGUUGUGGUCAACACACUGCAUCAUGCUAUGAGUGAAGGGCACUGGCUGGUACUGGAGAAUUGCCACUUGAUGCAGCACUGGCCAAAAGAGCUUCUCCAGCUUUUGCUGGUGCUGUUGGAUGAAGUCAAGGAAGUCUCAAACCCAGACUUACAACUGCUUUUAGCUGAACCUGUAAGCAGGAAGGUGGUCACUGUCCACCAAGAUUUCCGUCUUUGGCUAAUAAUGUCUGCAGACUCUCUUGCUUCCUUACCAGCUGUGCUGACUCAUCACUGCAUGCCUAUUUUCUGGAACCAGUCACUGGAGCUGCACCAUGUCUUGAUCCACAGCUUGGAGCUGGCUCAGCAAGGACCUUAUGCACAACACCCUAGCAGGGUGUUGCCCCUUCUCCUCCUGCAUGGUCUCCUAUCACACAGGCAGCUCUAUAGAAAGAAGCUGCAGGCACAAAGGGGAUGCUGGCCGCAAGUGACCCUGACUCAAGCCCUUCAGAUCCAGGACCAGCUAUGGGCCACCCUUAGCAAUCCCUGUGUUGCUCUGCAGGAGCUGGCUGCUUUGGUUUUCUACGGGGGCCAUGUGGCAGAUGACAAAGACACAGAGGUCCUAGUUAGCCUCACCCAGGCCUUCCUGAAUCCUAAGAGGGAGAACCUAUCAUACAGACCCCAGCAUCUGCUGGCCACACUGAUGCUCAGCCCAGAAUUGAGAGACGCUGAAACUAUAGCAGAGUGCAAAGCCCAGGUGCAUCUACUGUCCACACACCAUGAACCCCAGAUAUGCGGAGUGAGUGGUGGCACCCGUGCUUGGUUAAUACGGCACCAGAGUUCUGCGUUCCUGAAACAUCUCCAGCUGAGCUCAGUGUUCUGGGUUCCUGUGCCUCAAGGAGUCUCUCAGCGUGUGGAAAGGCGGAUGCGACAACGACUGGUGCAAGCCCAGCGGAGGCUGGAGAUGCUGCAGGCUCUGCUCACCUCGACCUCUGUCCUAGAGGAGAGGAAUGCCACUCAGAUGGUGCCUGGAAAGCAACUUCAGCCUCUGGAUAACUUCCUUAAAGCCGAGGUACAGGAACUCAGGCAGCUGGUGAACCAUCUACUCCAGGAUCUCCACUGCUUGUUGCAGCAGCUGAUGGGUACACAACCUUGUGCUUCCCCACGUUGUGUUGCUGUGGCCGAGGCUCUCUGGAGGGGCCAGCUUCCCCAACCAUGGCGGCCUCAUGCACCUGCUGGCCCGCAGCCACCCUGGCAAUGGCUUAGACAACUUUCACGUCGCGGGCAGUUGUUGCUUCGUUACAUUGGGAGAAGCUCCGAAGCACCGGUGCGCUCCUUUCACCUCUCAGCCUUCAGUCACCCUCGCCGCCUGUUGCUGUCACUGCACUAUGAGACUCCCACCACUGCUGUGCUCUCUGUGAGCCAUUAUAUGUACAGCUCAGAGUAUUCUAGCAACCCAAAUUCUGAUUCCAAUCAACAGUCCUUUAGACCUUGGGCCCUGCACAGCAGUCCUCUGCACUUCCAGGUGGUGAAAAACCCAAAUGCUCCUGUUCCAGAGAAGGGGGUGCUGUUGGUUGGGCUGCUACUCCAGAAUGCUGAAUGGGACCCACUAGCUGGAGCUGUGCAGGAUGGCACUUCACAUCAGCCCUGCCCUCUGCCUCCAGUAAGCGUCAGCCCCCACACCCUUAAAGCCAGCGACUUGCCAUCUCAAGUGGGCCUGGCUGUGUACUCUUGUCCCGUGUACUUGGAAGGGUUCCUGGGGACCACAAAGCUGCAUAGCCGGAAUAUCCUGAUGCACUUACCAUUGCCCACCAAACUCAGCCCUGCCACUUGUGCCCAGCGGAGAGUUCAUGUGUGCAGCCCACUCCUGCUCUAA